UGUAGUAGGACGGUGUCGCAGGGCAUAUUCUUCUCUGUGAUAACAUCGCGUUUUCAUUUAAUGUAUUUAGUUAUUUCGAAGAAAUGGGGAAACAGGUUCAGAUUUAACACGAUACACCAAUCGGAGGUUCAUCUUUGAUUCCUGGCUUUUCUGAAAUAGUUUCGACAGGAAACAGGCGAAUAUUUUUCUUCUUUGAUUACAUUUAGAAGUGAUGUACGAGGUAUAUGCGAUUUCAUGGCAGAUAAAGUCCUGUCUCUAAAGUAAGGAAAUUCACUGUAGUCUUAUUGUUAUGGUUCAUCCGAGCAGUUGUCGAAGAAAAGUGUAGAAUCCGCGUAUUCGGUCGACGAAUGUGUGCAAGACACUCCUAGUAUUAUCGACACUCGUCCACUUUUGCACGGGGUUAAUCUUCUAGUCCAAGAGUUCAGUUACGCUUAAACUGUAUCAGGAAGUCAUUUGUUGACAUGGACUUGGAUUCCUGCACGGUGACAGUCGAGUCGAAAAAGAAGUGCAGAAUAAUUUCGUGUAGUUUCUGCCAGCCUACAAAAAUGCUGUCAGUUAUGCACAGUGGCUAUACUAACUACGUUACCAUUUAUUGGGAUCAGCAAUAACGCACUUUCUUUACCAUAACUCUAUACACAGCUUUGCUAGUUUUUCUGCAGAUUCGUUACUGUCUUGUCUUAACGAGCUGUUAUACUAGCUACGUUCUGAUAAAUCUGGUUCGGCGCGUAAGCGAAAUGAGUUUUCUGGUGUGUGUUUGUAGGAAUAAAAUUUUUCGCUGAAAAGAUUCUAGGCUCAAUGUGAGCGAUGAUUUCGUCACCGACAGUAAACUCCACCACGGAGGCCACGAAUUCUACGGUGGCGGAAGAAGUGGCCCAGUUCUGUGGGGCGGGGCUGGAGCAUUUCCACGAGGGCUACAAGCAAGUCCAUGGUUACUUCAGCCUCUUGGUGUGCGUCUUCGGGUCGGUAGCCAACUCCCUCAACAUUGCCGUGCUGACGAGGCGCGAGAUGGCGUCUCCGACCAACAGCAUACUGACGGGACUGGCCGUGGCCGACCUGCUGGUGAUGGUGGAGUACGUGCCGUACGCACUGCACAUGUACCUGCUGAAGAGGCCCAAGGCGCUCACGUACACGUACGCGUGGGCCGUCUUCGUGCUGUUCCACUCCAACUUCGCCCAAGUCUGCCACACGGUGUCCAUCCUGCUGACGGUGAUGUUGGCCGUUUGGAGAUACAGGGCGGUGGCGCAGCCGCAGGCGAAGCAGCGCCAGUGCGGGAUGCCUUCGACGUUGGCGGCCGUGGCGUCGGCGUACGUCCUGGGGCCGCUACUGUGCACGCCGCACUACCUCGCCUUCGAGGUGAAGGAGCACCCCGAGGACAACUCGACGACGCUGUACUACGUGCGGAUGAGCCGGCUGAGCCAGGCGGCCGGCGGCCUACUCAGCGACGUCAACUUCUGGGUGUACGGCGUCGUCGUCAAGCUGACGCCGUGCGCCGCCCUGACGGUGCUCAGCCUGCGGAUCAUCGCGGCGCUGGUGGAGACUAAGCGCCGGCGGCGCCAGCUGGCGCUGGGCGGCUCGUCGGCGGCGUCGUCGUCGUCGGCGACGCGCCAGCAGGAGAAGGAGCGCCAGACGGACCGCACGACGCGCAUGCUGCUGGCCGUGCUGCUGCUCUUCCUGGUCACCGAGCUGCCCCAGGGCGUGCUGGGCCUCCUCAGCGGGCUGCUCGGCCAGCGCUUCUUCUCCGAGUGCUACGUGCCGCUGGGUGAGCUCAUGGACGCGCUCGCGCUGCUCAACUCGGCCGUCAACUUCAUCCUGUACUGCACCAUGAGCCGGCAGUUCCGGCAGACGUUCAGCCAGCUGUUCCGGCCGCGGGCUUUCGACAGGUGGAUGCCCAUCGACUUCACUGGGAACGGCCACACUAACAUAAUAACCCAGGUAUAACAGCGACUGGUCGCCAGAUGAAUCGUCUUCUUCGCUUGCAGACAACGGUGCAAUCCUAUCGCUUCUCCUGCCGACACAAUGCCGUAUUGUUCAACGUGAGACUGCAUGGACGGUGCUACUUAAACAAUCGGCGUUCAUUUACAUCGAAGCAAAAAGUAUUUGCAUACGAGAAAGUGUCACUUGCUUUAUGAGCCCGAGAGCAAAUGACGUUUUUUUGUGGCACAGUGUGUUCGUAUACUGGCACCAAUAGGGUACUUUCGAUGUUGCCUCGUCGUAUAACGCUGCCCUGCCUCUCGUCUUGUUAUCCGCUGGUGAUGUUUACACACGGCUAACGCAAUAGUAGAAACAACAGUAAGACAGCAGACACAGUUCCUCUCUUGGGAUAAUACUGAUAAAACAAACCUCGUCGCAGCGUAUGUGGCAUUCAGCUAUAUACUGACGAUCCUUGACAAUUACUUACCAAAGUUAACUUAUUUAAAAUAGUCGGAAACCAUACGAACAAAUUCCUCCGACUGCAGUUCUUAGUAAGAAAUCGGUUCUAGUUUAACAGUUUCAUAUAAAGCUGAGGGACACCUUUCCUCUUAUUGUAAGACUGUACGAGAGGAUUGACAUAAAUGUGACUUCCGUGAAACCAGUUUUGUAUGGGGUCAGUUUCCGUUAUCAUCGUACAUCGACGCUACCUUUAGGCGUUGUGCAAAACUUUGCUCAAACAGCCCACGUGUAUUAAGUUGGAGUACCCAAGCUGACUGUUAGUUAAAAUGCCAUUGAUGUUAUUUAAUAAUGUUACUUUUAAGAAAUAAUUUAAUAAAUGUUUCGCAUAUGCAGAUGAAUAAAAUUCAGCUACGCAUCAUUUUA